GGUCUGUAGAUCAAACGCGGUGGUUCCUCCAGUCGCACUGACGGAGCUCCGGCUGCUCUCACGGGUUCUCCUCUGUCUGGAUACCUCAGCCCGGCUCCGGCUCCUUCCUACACUUCCUUCUCUGGAUUAUAUUCGUCUGAUGGUUUUCAACUCCACCUCGAUGCAUAGAAAUGGGUAAACUGCACUCCAAACAUGCCGCUAUUUGUAAACCCAGGGAGAGUCCGGAAGGCGGCAGCUUCGUAGUGAACGCGUGUUUGGCGCGGAAGGGACUGGACGACUGGCUCGUGAAGCAGAAGUACUACUGCACGAGCUCUCGCCUCGAGCGGCAGGACUGUCACCACAGGGGAGGCUGCGGCUUGACGGCACGGGGCUCUAUGGUUGAAGCAUGCGCUGAGGGGAUCGGUGAUGAACAUUACCGCUUAGAAGUGGCUUUACCCCCGGAGAAGACAGGCAGCUGCUGUGUGGGGGAGAAGAUGCAGGAGAGGGACAGCCAAUCUCCCGCAGGGCCACAGAAACAGCUCCAGUUUGAAGAGUUGGAGUGUGCCGUGUCUGUGGAGGAGGAUAACAGGCAGGAGUGGACUUUCACCCUCUACGACUUUGACAACAACGGCAAAGUCACCAGAGAGGAUAUCACCAGCCUGCUGCACACCAUCUAUGAGGUUGUGGACGCCUCCGUCAACCAUUCUCCCAGCAGCAGCAAGACGCUGAGGGUCAAGCUCUCUGUGGCUCCCGAUUCCAGCCAGCGGUGGAGGAGCUAUGCGCAGGGUGCAGCAGAGUUGUCCCACCCCAGAGAGAAAAAUGACAAGUGUAUAGAAGACCCCAAGAGUGCAGACAAGAAGAGUCGAGCACUCCUAAGGCGCCACCACAGUGACCACCACACCCAGCCGGGCUGCCAGCGCCACUGUGUGGAUGAGAACCUGGAACGCAGGAACCACUACUUGGACCUGGCAGGCAUUGAAAACUACACGUCCCGCUUUGGAGCCGCUCCAGUCCCAGAGCCGACAAAGGCAGAGCCCCAGACCCGCUCGUCCAACCAGACUCGCUCUCGCUCCCACGAACCGGAAAAUGGCCACUCCCAUUCCCACCACCGCCGCGUGCCGACCGUUGUGGACGCUGUCGCCCCAGACAACCUCCACCCUCCCCGGCCGCGAGGCCAAGAUUCGGGGAAACAUGCCCUCCGUUCUCCCAAGUCCCACAGCCGCACACCUCCUGCCCAGACCAGUGGCAGGGUGAUGAGAAGCCGAGGUGUUCCUCCUCCCCCUGCCCUGCCCAGUCAGACCCCUCCUCACCAGUCUGCAGCGCCCUACCGCAAGCACAAGCAGCGGUCCAAGGAGAGCCAGGGCCACCGUGCCUUAGGCCCUCUGGUGGCUUCGGGACCAGUGGUGAAGGAGCAGGUGAGAAACCUGCCCAGCGUGCUGCUAUAUGAGGGGGGCCUUGCGCAAGUGGUGCAGCGGCAUGAGCACCAUCACCACCACGAACACCAUCACCACUACCACCACUUUUAUCAGUCCUGAAUUUCCACUCUGCCUGGGACAGCUCAGCAGUCCUGCAGCCCCACAUACCGCGGCCAGACCUGGAGACACUGACUUGCAGUGGCCUUCCUCCUUAAAUACUGUGCAGUCCAGUGGCGUUCUAGUCGACAUGGGACAAGGGGGAGAUGGGGGUCACUGGAGCGGCGAUCCUAUACUGAGGUGGGAUUAACCAGUGUUAGAAAGAGGUUGGUCAGACAAACAGAAGCUUGGGUAUGCAGCAGGACUGAUGAUCACAGCUUGGGAUGGAGAGGAGGGAUGGAGGGACAGAUGUGAUAAACAGCUCAGAAGCUCCUCUCCCCUCUGACUUGGUGUCCCACUACCUGAUGAACUCUACUGCUCCAAACCAGCACCACAACUCUUCCAGACCACUAAGCCCAAAGGUUUCUAAGGAACAGGAGGGAUGACAGGAGGAAAGACUGGUGUAAAGAUGAAAAUAUAUGAAGCAAUAUAGGUGGUAGGAGAGCAGGGCAUAGCAAAAGUGUAUGUGUGUGUUGAAUAUUGUUUGAAUGUGUGGGCGUAGCAUGAGUGGGUGCGUGUCUGUGUGUGUGCGUGUCUGUGUGUGUCUGUGUGUGUCUGUGUGAGUGUCACGACACUGGUGUCUGUUGAAAACCACUUGAGAAGUGCGCUCAUGGGUGCGUGAGUAUUUAAAGCUGACUGUCAGGCAGGUUUUUGAAGAUGAAGAUUCUGAUCUGAGCACGCAAUACCCCGUCAGCAAGUUUAAUGGGAAGGAAAAUGCUGAAAUGUUAUCAAGUUAAAAAAAAAAAAAGAUCCCAAAUCCGCUGCUACCUCUAAUCUUCUCCUAAUUGUUGUUAUAAUGGUGACUGACUAAGCAUUCAGAGGUUAUUUUCAAAUUACUUGGAAGCAUUUUUUUGAAAGAAGAGGAAUUGUGUCACAAUCUGUUUUACUGAAGUGUCGAGAAGCUCCUUACUUUUAUUAACUAAUAUUUACUGUACAUAAGGUAUAUAUUGUUAUCAAUUUUACAGGCUUUAUUGAUAAUGUGAUAUCUUUGUAUUCAUUAUCUUACGCUCUUGUUUGCUUUCCUACUCAGCCGUAUUUUAUAAGACCACUAGGAGCCCCUGUUUUACAAGAAUGUGUAUUUCUCACUCAUUCUCUCUCUGCUUUGACUCUAUGCCAUCGGAUGAGAUACGUGAACGUGACCAAGUAAUUAUGGCUGAAAGAGUGAAAUCCCAACUCUCAACAGUGCUACAGAAUCUGUGUUUAUGGUACAUGGCUGUACUUUAAAACACAUAUCAAAGCAUAAUAAUGGAGUUCAGUUCAUGUGAGUUGAGCUGUAAUUGAGCGGCCUUUGUGUAGACGUUAUAUCUGCAUUAAAGCUAAGUAUAUCAUCAGCCUUAACCCAUUGAGAUGCAAACACUAUAAAGCUUUUGUGAAGUUCCUGAAACCAAAAGGUCAAUUCCUUUUUUAAAUGGUCAGCCGUUAAAUCCCAUAUCUUUAGAACCAUCAACACUUAAAUACAGAAUAAGAGAAUAUCUGUAUCUGUGAGAUCAGAGUAAACCAGUUGUUUCUCAGGCCUUCUUGCUUAUUUUGCAUAAUCUGAAACCUUGUCACACCCAGCCAAUCAGAUGUUGGUGUAUAUAUUUAUCAGAAUGAAGUUCGACAUUUUUUGUGAACAGUUAUUUAUGUCAAGAAAUGCUGAACGUGCAUUUGAGUUUUCACGAGUGCCCAGCUUUAGAUCCAAGCAGAUUCACAUUCACACCCCGCGGUUGUCACGAUAUUCGUUUUGGACUGUGUGACUUUAAGGCCAGCACUUUCUCCAGCAGUUCUGUUGUCUGGCCCCUGGCUCUGAGGUCACAUGGCUCCUCCCUGUGUUUCCAGCUGUCGGCAGGUCUUUCUUCUUUCAGCUGUCUCAUUCCUCUGGUGCUGGAUGACACUGGGCCCGGCCCGCAGUCUCCGCAAGACCCAUAACUCACCCCUGCAGCUCUUCUGCCAACAGGGACUGUCUGCUUGUCCUGUCCCAUGAUGCUCUGUGGGCGCUGCAGUAAUCAUGCAGAGGUCGAUGGGACCAGCAUGCAAACAAAAUGUUUUUACCUGCGUCACAUCUAGUCUGACAGAGGCAGUGGAUUGAAGUGUUCCCCAGGACUGUUUUUCCUACUGAUAUUCUGCAGCACUUUCCUGUUUCUUCUUUGUAGUGGAGUAUGUUUCUCAACCUUUGGAGCAAUGAGAGUUUAAGUGCCUCGCUCCAAGGUAGCCACACCCAUACAGAGGGGAGAACACAUUCUCGUUAGCAGGCUUCAUUUCCAAACAAUCCAGGAGACUGUAGUAUUCUGUCGCAGGCACGUGUUUUUUUGUGAUGAGCAAGAAUGCAUUGUAUGCCAGUCUUGUCCUCCGCACUGAGAUGUCCUCUCACAGCUGCAGGCUGUCCUGUUGCGGGAGGCACCAGUCAGACGGGACAUCUCACGGGAC